AUGGCUUGUUUGGCACAGGUUAGAAGGAAGAUUGCAACCAGCUGUGCUGUUCUGGUGCUGAGUGGGCCCUUGCUGCCCCUGCUCUCCACGCUGAAUGCCUUUUCCCUGGACCAGGCUCUGCAGAGGGACCCAGGCCGCUUCCCAGCCGUGGCUCUGGAGCUCUGCAAGGGAGAUCCUGGCACUGAUGGACUCACCUCGUACAAGGGCCAGCCCAAGGCGCUGGAGGUGAAAGCGCAGCACAACUCCGAGUCAGAGUACCUGGCCAGAGAUGGUCCUUCAAGCAACAGCUCCUUCUACAGCAGCGAAGGGGAGGGGACCGACCACGAGGGGGACAUCCUGGACUGCAGCGGCUCCAGGCCUUUACUGAUGGAUUCGGAGGAGGAGGAGGAGACGUGCAAGCCGUGCCCAGGGUUCCUGCAGCCUGUGCCCAGGCACGAGGCCUCCAAAGAGGAUCCCCAGCCCCAGGCCAGGGCAGGGGAGCCGCUGUUCCCGGCCUUCCAGUCGCACAGCGGGGAGGUUUUCAACGAACCCGACGUGUUUGCCACGGCUCCUUUCCGGAGCUCCAGGAAGGUCCCCGAUGAAGUGGAUGUCUUUACCAAAGCUCCUUUUAUCUGUAAGGGCAACGCAGCUCUGCGGCACCCCGAGGAAGCAGACGUGUUUCUCAGAGCCCCUUUCAGCAAGAAGAGAAGCGUGGAAGAGCCGACUCCCCACAAGGAGCCGUUCUCGGCGCCCGUUUUCCUGAGCCAGGGCGGCGACGGCCGAGCUCAGCCCGCGUUCGCAGGCCUGGACCCGGCAGCGCACGGCUCCGUGGCCUCGCUGAGAGCUGCACACCCUCCUGCUGGCUUCGCUCAGCCCGGCAGCGUCCAGCCCUGCCCUGGGAGAGCCGUGGAGGCCCAGGAGGGCAGCCCGGCCAAGGCAGCGCUGCCGGAGCAGGGUGACACGCUGGGCUCCGUGGCCAGCAAGCCCUUCCGUCCGCAGUCCCUGUGCAAGUAUUCCCGGCACUACAGCCCCGAGGAUGGGCCGGGGCUGGAGGCCCAGCCCAUAGCUGCUUACAAAGUGGUGUCUCAGACCAACAGGCAGGCCAUAGCGGGCUCUGUCCCUCUUGUCCCUCUGUCUGCCAGGACUACGGAGCUGCCCGGCGCGGAUCCCUUCGCCUCGGCCCUUCCCUUCCAAAGCAGCCAAGCAGAAGCCUUAACCCUCCCCCUCCUCGUCGCACGGUUUGAGCGCAUGGACGUGGCGCUGCGGGCGGACCGUGACACAAAGUAG